ACGAGCACCAGGCUCUGCGAGCCUCUGUUCCCCACAGGUCAUACAGAAACACCUGCGAUGGACUUGCUCCUGCUGCUGCCCUUGCUGCUGCCCCUUGGCACCCUGAGCAGUGCCUGUGCCCAGGCCUGGGGGGUGACCCUGCCCAAAGGGCCCCUGUGGGUGCAGCAGGGCUCCUGUGUGAUGCUGUCCUGCUCCUACACACUGCCUGUGGGGGAGCAGCUGCAGGCUGUGGUGUGGUACUGGGGCCAGCACCAGGGCCAGAGUAAAACCAUAUAUGACUCCAGCACAAAGGAGUGGAUGAUGUUCAAUGGCCGUGCUGAAUUUUUGGGGCACCUGGGGCACAACUGCAGCUUGAGAUUGGGCAACCUACAGCUAGGUGAUGGUGGCUUCUACCACGUGAAGCUGAAGACCCAGAAAAGGACCUGGAGGAGCCCGCAGAGGCUCCGCCUCACAGUGACAGAGCAUCCCUGCCCGACCUUCUUCUUGUUUUCAAGUUUGGGGGCCACCUUGUCGACUACCCUGACAUGCUCAGUGCCAGGCAGCUGCCCCUACGUUCCACUUUGGUAUGCCGGGGCUGGGGCUGAGGCGCUGCAGAUGAAGCACGGCACCAGCAUGCUGAACCUGGGUGCCCUCCUCACCAGCCAAGGGCAGGUUCUGUCAUGCCAGCUGCAGGGCUAUAGGGGACCUUGCCUCCUCAAGGGAGCCUGGAGCCCUCCCGAAGAGCUGCCUGCACCACCACGGGUGCUGGUGGAACGAGUGGGUGUGGGCCCAAUCCGAGAGGGUGACACAUUCACCCUGCACUGCGUUGGGAGCAGCCCCAUGGGCCCCGCACCUGCCCUGUGGGUCCAUGGCUUGGAUUUCUACAACGUCCGUCACUUCUUGCGGGUCGAGAGGGCCACGGUCUCUGAUGGGGGCAACUACAGCUGUCUGCACUGGGUUCCGGGUGCCGGCCAUGGGUACCUGCUGGUGUCGCCCAUCACCUACGUGUCUGUGAAAGCCAACUUCACGAUCUGCGUGGUGGCCUCACCAGGCGUCCAGCCCCUCGUGGGGCAGCCCCUGGCUUUGAUGUGCCAGUUUGAUGGCAGCAACUAUGCUGGCCUGGUCUUCUCCUGGUACAAGGAUGGCAAGCAGCUGGACAUAGUGCAGCAGGAGCUGGUGCUACCACAGGUGCGGCUGGAGGACGCCGGGGAGUACCACUGCAAGGCGCACAGCGCCCUGGGGACAGCUGCCUCCGACUCCCUCAGCAUCACGGUCAUGUGUGGCUCAGACUGCCACCAGCUGAGCCCCAAGCUCCUGGCAGGCACUGGGACUGGAGUCCUGCUGCUACUGGUUCUGACUCACCUUGUGGUGUACUGCCUGGCCCGGAGAGCCCCCUUGGAGGAGCAGUCACAGGCAGUGAAGCUGGGGGUCAGUGCCUGCCACGGCUCAGAGCAGUGGGGCCCGCUGUACGAGGUCAUCCGGUACUCCAGUGACAGCCUCCACUGCCGUCCUGAUGAAGACAGCUGUUCUCAUUGCACUGAGGACUAUUGCAACUGAGCACACAAGAGCCUCUUCCCCGGGGUCCCCAUGCCAGGUGCCUCAGGCCUCCCAGCUCACACCCUGGGGGUCAUCAACUUCCAGGUACCCAGGAAAGCCCUGGGACCCCUGGCUCCCACCUAGCAUCCCUCCCUUCAGGCUUUUCUAGUUGCCCUGAGCUGGGCCCUGUGUCUGGCUGCCGAGGUGUUUUGUCCCCAAAAGGCUUUUCCCCUUGAGGUCUCCAAGGAUGUACUCCCCUGACCCCCUCUGCCACACAGUACCUUUGGUGGGAAAAGCUGCCGUCAGUUUUGCCCCUUGGCUCCAGGGUCAGGAAAGCUGUCGUUUCAAGGGGCCUGGGGGGGUAAGGCCAGUGUUGGCUGGGGGCGCCAGGGCUGGCUCAGCUUCCAGAACUCGCAGCCUCAGUUGCUUCCCAGGCAGCCGCAUGAUGGACGAUGCUGGCAAGGGAGGAGAAAGCCCAGGCAGGAGGGAGCCAGGGGAGCUGGGGGUGAGCCUCACCACCUGAGUCCUGACCACAUAGCUCAACACUGACUGCUUGGCAGUGACAGCCACGCUGCUCUCCAGGUGAAGCUGAAGGAAUCAUGUGACUGUGGCUCAUUGUUAACCACUGAGUUCCUGCUAAUCUCUCUACACUGUCUGUGUUAACAGCCCUGGAUUUUUUACCAGCCAGGCUGCCCUGUCUUCCACUGCUGUCCCGUCUGCCAUCUACUCCUGCUAAUGCUUCUCCGCUCCCCCCAGGGUGUCCAAUAAAAACUGUG